AUGGGUCGUACUGAUUGGGAUCAUUUAUUGUCAACGGAUCCAUCAUCGUUGACUGAUGAUGAUAUGGAGGAUUUUUAUCCUGCUAUAGUUAGCUGUGAUGUCGAUGACAUUAGUGAUAUACAUAACCUACGAACUCUGAUGAAACUAUCUCAAGAAAUACUGCAAUACAAAGAUCAUCAAGUAGAAUCGUUACUCUUAGAAUGUGGUGAAUUAAAACAAACAAUUUCUUCUUUAAAACCUGAACCUGCUAAACGUAAGAGGAAAGAAUGGGAUAUAUCUGAUACAAAACAUGAAACUGCUGAAUUAUCUAAACAUAUAGAUAUAUCUGAAAAUACUGAUUAUGAUGAUGUUUUGCAAGGAAAAAAUAAAAAGAUAAAAAUUCUUAUGACAGAAUUGGAGAAUACAGAAAGAGAUAAUGUGGUAUUAAAAGAACGUUUAACAACAUUAACUCAAGAAAUGGAAGAUGCAACAGAAAAAAUGAAUGAAAUGGCAGAAGAACUCAGUUCUGCUCAAAUUAAAUCUAUUGAAUAUAAAGAAAAAAUAUCUGAUUUAGAACGUGAAAAUAUUGCAUUAGUUAGACAAAUUGAGGAAAUUACAAUUCAACAAACAGAUAGAGAUAAAGCAAUAGAUGACUUUAGUACAGCAAUUGAUGUUAGAAUUAAUGAAUGGAAGAUAAUAUUAGAGGAAAAAGACAAAGAAAUUUUGCGAUUAAAAGAAAAUUUAUCCCAAUCAUUAGUACAAUCUGUCGUUUCUGCUAAAGAACAAAACAAAAGCGAAAUAAUUUAUUUAAAUGAACAAAUAGAUUAUCGCGAUAAAAUUAUAGUUGAAUUAAAAACCAAACUAACUGAAGCCACAGUUGAAAUUAAUGAGAGUGCAACUCUUAUAGAAAAAUUAAAAAUAGAUGCACAAAAAGUAAAAAAGAGCGACAAAAAGAAAGAAGAAAGGGAUUUGUUAAAAAAAUUACAAAAUGCGAACGAACAAAUUUCCAAAUUGCAAGUUAAAUUGAACGAAGCGGAAGAAGAUGCUGAAUCAAGAAGUAGUAAAUUAUGCGAAGUAUUAGCGACAUUAAAAAAAUAUGAGGACGAAAAUCAAAGUUUAACAGAUGCAUUGAAUGAAAUAAAAGAUCUGAAAAAUGAUUUAGAAAAUAAGAAUGCGUAUAUAAAAGAUUUAAUUAAUGUUGUGAAUAAAUUAGAAAUGUUGAAUUCUUAUCAAGAAAUGGAAAUUAUAACUCUUAGGGAAAAAUUAGGUAUUCCGGAAGAUGAAUCUGUAUCAAUUGAACAUGCUUUAGCGAAACGUAAAGAACAAGAAAAGAAAAUGGAAGAGUUAUUACAACAGAAUAAAUUGCUGAUCGAGGAAAACUUAGAAUUAAAGUCAGACAUAAGAGUAUUAAAAUAUAAAUUAUGUAGGACUUCGAAAGAAUUAGAUUUUUCAAACACUACUGUAAACGAGACUACUGAAUUUUUCCAUUCAACCAAACUGGCAGAAUCUACGCCUACGUGGCAUUCGAAAUUAAAUAUUUCUGAGCUGCAAGAAAAUAUGCAGAUGGUUAUAGAAGAGAACGAAGCCUUAAGAUCAGGAAUGCACGAAAUUCUGGAUAGUAUUCGGAACCAAGAUGGAAAAACUAACGUAGAAAUACAGUCUAGUAUCUUAGAGAGAUUGUUAGAAGCUUUAGAUGUGAGACAUUUAGCAGGAUGGUAUCAUCCUGCAAUGAGAAUGCAAGAGCAUCUGAAUGUUGUGCAAGGUAGCAAUACUGAAUUGAGGGACCAACUUAAACAAUUAAGAAAAGAAUUGCAAAAAAAAGACAAUAUAUUGCACAAAUUAGUUUUGAACAAGCAUGGUGAUUUUGAUAAGAUUUAUCGAAACACUGAAGAAGAAUCUGAUAGCGAAAAGAUAUCGAUAUAUCUGACUGAAAUGAAAAAUUUGCAAGAAGCGUACAAAAGUGAGGCAGAAGAAUGGGAACAGCAAAAGAACUUGUUAUUAGAGCAAAACGACGAGUUUAAAAACGAAAUUGAAAAAUUAAAACUUCAAUUUGAUGUUUAUGAACAGAGUGCAAAGAUAUUGGAAGAGGGUGAGGAUGAAAUUCGAAAAGCUUACGUGAUUAAAACCAAAGAAUAUGUAGAGGCUUCUGGCGAGGUUCUAAUAGCGAACAGAAAGGUUAUUGCUCUUCAACAAUUAUUAAACAAUGAAAUCACGAAAGCUUAUCAAGAUAAAAAGGAAUCGAUAAAAAAUGAGAGCUAUUUAAGCAAAUCAUUAGCAGAUUCCAAUAAGCAUAAUAAGAUUCUCGAACAAGAGAUUUCGAUAUUGCAAAGUAAUUUGUUCAAUACAGUCAGUUCUACCAUUUAUAAUGAAAUGAAGGAGAAACACGAAGAAUUAAAUAUUCGUUUCCGUAAUUUAACGGAGAAUAAUUUGAUGUUAGAGAAUGAUAAUGAGAUACAAUAUUUAAGAAAAGAAUUAGAAUUGUUAAAACAAGAAAAAAAUCAACUUAUAGAUCAUUUGCAGAAAGAAAUCGAUUGCAAAAAUGAUCAAGAUUUAAUGGAAAAGUUGAAGGAAGCUCAAGCGAAUGAACUUUUGGAAAAGCAAAGAGCGGAUCAUGUGACUAGUUUACAUGAAAUAUUGCAGACCCAAUUGUCAAAAUGCGAGGAAGAUCUCAAAGGCGUAAUUGCUGCGAAGUCUGAAUUACAAGAGGAAUUAAUUAUUCUGCACAAAAGAUUAUCUAAAGAUUUGCAUUUCGAGAAAUCCGAGCAAUUGGACGAUAAAAAAGUACCAGCAAUAAAAGAUAAUAAUUCAGAGCUUCAAGUAGAGAUUGAAAAUUUGAAAAAACAUCUGCAGAUUACUCAAGAGGAAGCCAAACAGCAAUAUUCGUUGAAUUCCUUAAAAAUAUUGGAAUUGGACAAUCUUAGACAUCACAUAUUAAAUUUACAAGCAAUUAGUGAAGAUAAAGCUACAAUUUCGAAAUUGGAUUUCGAAUUGGCUAGUAAAAAUAUAAUAGAAAUGGACUUAAAUGCACAGAAAGCGAAAUUGGAAAAUGAAGUAUCCUAUUUGCAAGAAGAACUUGAUAAAUCAAGAACAACUUGCGAAGGGUUGCGCACUUUUGUGCAAGAUUGCCGAAAACAAUGUGAUAAUCGUUGCAGAAAAUAUGUAGAUAUUAUAGAAUUUUUGCAAAAUCAGUAUGCAGGUUCCACUUCUAUUAGCGCUUUAGAUAGAAUAGUCUUGUUAUCAAUAAAAUUGAAAGAUGAACGUCAGACUAUUAAUUCUGAGAUGAAAAAAACGAAAGAAUGUUAUGAGAAUGUGAAGCAGCAGCAAGAAAUGCUAACCAAUCGUUUGAAAAUCGUUGAAAAUUUAAAAGAUAUACUAGAACAACAGAUUGGAAGUAAUAAUGUGCAAGAUAUAAUGCAGCAAUUUUCGGAAUAUUCACAAUAUACUUUAAACGAUUAUAAAUACAAACGAAAAAUAAUGCAACUGGAAUAUGAGCUACAAAUUGUUAACAACAAAUAUAUGGAAUAUGAAUCGAUUAUAAAUCAAAUGGAGCACGAUAUGGUACAAAUUCAAAAAAUAUGGAAUAAGGGACAGAAUCAACAAUCCAAAACAGACACACAUAAUAUUGCAACCAGUCCUACUUUACAAGAGAAUAAACAUGCAUCAGUUCAAGCAAUCGUAGAUUUAAGUCCAAAGGGAAUACAAACAGAUCCAUAUACUUGUUGCUUGAACAAGAAAGAAACGAACGAAGUUGAAGUUCAAACAAUUUGUUUCGAAGAAAAUAAUGAUUCAGAAAAUCUAAAAUUUGAAGAAAAAACGAAAGAAUCGACGAAAAAAAAUACGGAAAUGGAAGUAAAUGGGAAAGAAAAAUCGAUUUAUUCCAAAGAAAAUGUAGAAUGCAACGAGCAAGAGGCAAAAAAAGAGAAAGAAACGACGAAAGAGAAUAAUGAUCAAGAAAUUUCAUUACUUCGCGAACAAUUGGACGAAGCAUUGAAACUCGUUUCAGAACGAUCUUCUACGUUAAUUAAAUAUGAAUUACAGAUAACGGAAUGUCAGGCGAAAAUAGAUUCGUUAAAUAAGAUUGUAAAAAGCAAAGAUUUAGAAUUAACGCAGAAGAAAAAAUUAUUGGACGAGUACAAGCUUUCGUCUGAAUUGGAAGUCACUGACACACAAUGCAACGAAUAUCUGGCCUUAAAGUCGACGAUAAAUAGCUUGCAGAAAUUGCUCAGUCAAAAGGAAGAAACUAUAGCUAGAUAUCAAAAUUUAUUGAAAGAAGACAGGGACGAACACAGCAAAGCUGCGGCUCGUUUGCAGGAAGAAAUUAAAAAUUUGCACAUACGUAUUUUGUCGAUGGAAUGCGAAACUCAAAGAAGUUUGGAGAAACACGAUAAUGGUAAAAAUAACACGAAAGAGGAGCCUGAAAAAUUGAUUGAUAAAAGCUUAGAAAUUACGUCGAAAACUGAAGAUAUAAGAAAUAUCGCGAUGAGAGUGGAAGAGAUUGCUAGAUUACAAGAAAAAGUCUCGACUUUGGAAGCAGAUCUGAAUAUCACUAAAGAACUGAGCGAUCGUUGGCAUCGGUUGGCGGAGGAAAGGCUCAAACACAUGGAUCGUAUGAGGGAAAGGUUGGAGGAACAACAUAAAAGUGAAUUAGACAUUUAUCUUGGGGAAUUGGCGAAAUGGCAAUCAGAGGCAGACAUGUUGCGCAAACAAUUGUCUGAAAAUCGUAUGAUGGUUACAAAAGGAAACAUUACUUUGUUGAAGGAGAUGCAGGAGAAGGAUGAUAAAAUUCAUCAGCUUAGUUAUGCGUGUCAAGAAUUACAAAAUGAAGUUCAGUUAAUGGAAUCUGCGACUCAAGCACGGCAAGCAAUAACUCACGGAGAGUCAGCAUUGAAGAUACAUGAAAUUACGCCAACUUUGAGUGCUCACGAUGAUAUGCAGCAACAAGACACCGUGUGCCGUACAGAUACUGUGAAAAAACAACUGCAAUCACUGAUAGAAAAGGAGAAAAUGUAUAAAAAUGAGAUAUCUGACUUGAAACAACAACUUAGCCGCAGAUAUAUGGCCGUAAGAAUUCAAGAGAAAAAAACUUCUCAGCGUGAAAAUCAACUUGAACGCAAAGUGAAAUCUCUAGAGGAAGAGCUUUAUAAAGCUCGAGCACAAUUGGAUAAAGAGUAUCUAGCUCAGGGAGCAAAGAGAGCCAAAACAGCGGAAGAACUUUUGUUAUGGGAAAAACAGAAGAAGUGGCAACAAACUGCCGAAAAAUUGAAAGAGAAAUUGAAAGAGAAAACGGAUGAGUACGCAAAAUUAUUAUCCAAUUAUGAGAAACUUCGAUCAGUGGUUGCUUGCAUGGAGAGAGAAAAAUGGUAUUUAAAAAGCAAAUUAAAAACGGAAAACAAUAUCGUAGGUGAAAAUACAUCAGCUCGAUCCACGAUUGUUCAUCAAAAUAUAAUGCAGGAGCUUCAAAAAGAGUGUCAAACUUUGCGCGAUCAUAUUAGAGAAUUAUCCAAUCGAUUGGAGAAUGAGAAUAGCGAGAAACUUUUGCUCCAAAUCGAAGAGCAAAAGAGACACAUUGCUGCUUUAGAAACAGUUUCUCAGGGUAACGGUAACGUUAUCAAUCAAUUGGAGAAACUGGAAAUGACUAAAGAUAUUCUAGAGAAAAUGAAUUUAAAGCUGGAAGCUGAGAACUUCGAGCUUCGUAUUGAAUUGGAAAAGGCAAAUGCGGAUACGCCUAGAUUGAGGGAAAAAGUUGAACAUUUGGAAAAGUACAUAGAGUUGUUGAAAGUAGAAAAAUCAUCUGAUUCGACUCCAAGAUCGUCGGACAAAGAUUUGCGAGAUCAUGGUACGAAAAAAUCUGUUUUGGAGAUGGAAAAAACGAUUUUUACUUUGAAAAGAAUCAUCGAGAAGUUGCAGGUAGAAAAUAGACGUCUCAAACUCGGAUCAAAAAAAAAUCAUGCAUAUCAGGGUAAAUUAUUAAAUAAUCAAAGCGAAGAUAUAUUACGGAAGAAUUACGAAGAAGCACAGAAACGAAUCGUUGCAUUGGAGACUGAUUUGCAAUUAGCUGAGCAAAGAGUGGCCGCGUUAGAAAAGGUACAGAAGGAGGAGGAUAACGGAGAGAUAAAAAUUUUGAGGGAACAAUUGUGCCACAAAUCUGAACUUUUAGACAAAGUGAAAUAUUUAUUAUCAAGAGUUGCCGUGAAUGAGAAAACUCUUCGACAACGAGUACAGCAACUAGAAUCAAAGCAAAUAUUGUCUACGAUACCAGAGUGUCAUGUAAUAUCUCCUACUCCAGAAUAGAAAAAUCGGUGAGUAGAAAGUUUAUGAUACGUUCUAUCUAUUCAAGAUUUAUAUAUAGAUACCAAUAAAAUAUAUAAUAUGUAAUAUUUACUAUCCUCUUUUCUUCUUUUUUCAAUGAUAUUAAU